AUGGAAGCUGUUCAAUUGUUAGUAUUACUUUGGAUUGUGCACUGUUUCGAGAAAACAGAGGCAGGACAAUGGCUACAGCAUUGUCCAAUCUUUUAUGCUGAACUUUUCGGCAACAGCAAUCCACGACAAAUUAUUCAAAACUUGUACAAAACAGAACUAAACAAUAUUCAAAUGAUACUUCUUACUGAUACGCUGAGGAUACGAGUGGAACUACUAGAUUGUAGCUGCAGUGAUCUGGAUGCCGAACAAUCUAAACUACCACAAUGUUUGGUGCCACAACAUACGGAGAGAGAAAUCACUUCCAGGCCUAUUCUUACCUUUCUAAAAUUCAACCAAGUUCCCGAAUAA